AUGGCUGAGCUGCACGGUUCCUGUCAUCCUGCUUUCAACUCAGUGCGAGACCUUUUGCAGCAAAAGAUUGCUGAUGGUGGUGAAGCGGGUGCUUCCCUAUGUAUCAAUAUCGACGGCCAAGAUGUCGUAGAUCUCUGGGGUGGCUAUGCAGAUGCAAGCUCGAGCAAGCCGUGGGAAAAAGACACUAUCACUGGAAUUUGGUCCUCCACCAAGAUUCUCACUAUCCUGGCCGCUCACAUCCUUGUUGAUCGGGGUCUUUUGGAUGUCAAUGAGCCAGUGGCGAAAUAUUGGCCUGAAUUCGCAGCAAACGGCAAAGAGAAUGUUAAGGUCUCCCAUAUUCUAAGCCAUACCUCUGGAGUUGUUGCCUUUGAUGGGGGAAUUACUAUUGAAGAAAUGCAAGAUGAGCAAAAAGCAGCUCAGCGCCUUGCUGAACAAGCUCCUUGGUUUACUCCAGGAUCGCAGAGCGCAUACCAAUACACCAACUAUGGUCUUCUGGUGGGUACGAUUGUCCAUCGGAUCACAGGAAAGUCCCUGGCCCAGUUCAUCAGCGAGGAGAUCACUACACCUUUAGGGGCUGACUUCCAGCUUGGUGUCUCCGAGAAAGAUGAGGCUAGGACUGCUGAUACCAUCCCGUUCCCACCGGAUGCUAUUCCUUCUGCAGAGGGCCUUGAUCCUACCACUAGUAUCCUACUUCGGUCUCUCAUAGGAUCUUUGAUGGAUGCUUCAACUCCCAACAACCCUAUAUUCCGAAAGUCUCAGAAUGGGGCUAUGGGGGGAUUUUCCAAUGCACGUGCCCUAGCAUCUGUCGGUUCUAUUGUUGCUCUUGACGGUACCGUCAAUGAUAGACAGUAUCUUACUUCCCACACUAUUGAUGAGAUGUUAAAGGAACAAAUCAGAUCAGCUGAUCCAAACAUCAUGACGAACUCACGCUUCGCCCUCGGCCUUUCACUGCCAGCUACCGACGGCGUGUUGCCUUAUAUUCCUGACGAGGAUGGAAUUUGCUUCUGGGGUGGUUUUGGUGGAUCUGCCGUCGUCAUGGAUCGCAGCCGGAGAAUGACUAUAUCAUACAUCAUGAACAAGAUGGAAUUUCGGGUGGUUGGUAAUUCUCGGUUUGAUGUCUAUUUCCCCGAGAUUUACAAGGCUUUUGAGAAGUACAACAAGCCUUCACCGUAG